GCGCCUGGCUGUUCUGCGGGCGGCACUGGGUGCGGGUGAUCGGCCUGCCCCGCGGGCAGGGCCUGGUCGGCGGGUCCUGCUGCCGGUCGCGGGCGCAGCUGGAGCACAUGCGCGGGGCCGGCGCCGUGAGGGAGGAGCUGCGCACCCGGUACGAGGCCCUCAGCGGCGUGCUGGAGGCCCCCGGCGUGCUGAAGAUGCACGGCAGCACCGCCGCCGAGCCGCCGGAGUCAGGCUCCCCGCUGCAGGAGGGCUCGUUCGAGCGCAAGGGCGGGGCGGUCGUGCAGACGCUGCCCAGUGGCGAGCUGCUGCGCUG